GGUCACGUGACCUGUGUUUACAUCCUCCUCAGCUGUUUCUUUCUUCUUCCACUUGGACCCAGCGGCUCGCAGUCACUACUUUACCUUUCCACACAACUAACUAGUUUGCACAGUUUAGUCGAGGUUUAGCAUCCGAAGGAGGUUGUUAUCGUCUUUAUGUGACUGGCACUGACUGACCGACGCAGUGCACACAUCCAUAUAAACAAGGAGUGAGUUAAUGCGACACGGACUUUGCGAAGAAAGUGUUCCAGGCUGCUGAUUGGCUGACAGGCGGAUGUCUGUGUGGCAACUGCAGCACGUGACCAGGAAGAGAGGGUACUCCCUGCCUGGACAUGACUGUUGUCUGAACUGACACUCAAAGAGUUCCAGCACCCUUCAGCCACCUGCUGAUCUCCAUGCCACUCUGAGGAGGAAGAGGAGUCACUCUUAGUAAGAGUUCUGCCCUUGUGUUUGCCUUCUCUUUUCACCAUGGGGGGAGCCGUGAGCGCUGGGGAGGACAAUGAUGACCUCAUUGAUAACCUGAAAGAGGCCCAGUACAUUCGCACAGAGAAAGUUGAACAGGCUUUUCGGGCCAUAGACCGCGGUGACUACUACCUGGAUGGCUAUCGGGACAGUGCCUACAAAGACUUGGCAUGGAAGCACGGAAACAUACACCUGUCUGCUCCGUGUAUAUACUCAGAGGUGAUGGAGGCCCUCAAAUUGCAGCCAGGACUUUCUUUCCUGAAUCUGGGCAGUGGAACCGGCUACCUGAGCACAAUGGUUGGUCUUAUCAUAGGACCUUUUGGUGUGAACCAUGGAGUUGAGCUUCAUAAAGACGUGGUUGAAUAUGCCCGAGAGAAGCUGGAUGAUUUCAUAAAGAAUAGUGAAAGCUUUGAUAAGUUUGAGUUCUGUGAACCGGUGUUUGUGGUGGGGAAUUGCCUUGAAAUCUCAACAGACAGUCACCAAUACGAUCGCAUUUAUUGCGGCGCAGGAGUGCAGAAAGACCACGAAAAUUACAUGAAAGUGCUGCUCAAAAUUGGAGGCAUUCUGGUGAUGCCCAUAGAGGAUCAGCUGACCCAGAUAACCAGGACUGGCCAGUGCACAUGGGAGAGCAAAAACAUCUUGGCGGUGUCCUUUGCCCCCUUGGUCCAGCAGAGCAGAGCUGAUGGAGAGAAGCCUGACACCGUGCAGCUGCCGCCGGUGACUGUCCGCAGCCUUCAGGAUCUGUCUCGCAUCUACAUCCGCCGCACGCUCAGGAGCCUGGCCAACGAGGACAGUGGGAAGGGGACUGUGCAACGAGUUCCCCAGAAGCGCAAACGCAGGCGCUGCCGGCGGCGACGCAUCAACACCUAUGUUUUCGUAGGUAAUCAGCUGAUCCCCCAAACAGUGGAAAGUGAGGAAGAGGAGCACAAUGAGGAAGAGCACAAGGAAGUGGAAGAAGAAGAGGACAGAGACAUUGGCGACAUUGAAAUCCUCAAGCAAGUGAACAUUUUGAGAGACCAAAUAAUGGCUCUGCCGCUGCCUGAGUCACUGAAAGCAUAUUUGCUGUAUUUCAGAGAGAAAUGACUGAUUCACUUGAUAUUCACUCUUAAUGGGUGCAGCGCCUGCCUGCUGAAAUGUGUUUUUUCACUCUUUUCAGUACAAAUGUAGCAUUAUUUCCAUUAAAUCUUGAUGGCAAAACUGUAAUGGAAUAAGGCGUCAUAGAUAAUAUUGGAUAAUAAUGUUAUGAUUGUCUCAAGUUGUUGGAUUUUGUUGACUUAUUUCUUUUGAUUUGUAUAUCAAAAACAAACAAAAAAAAAAACUUGUAAAAAGUAUUCUAUGGACAUAGUUUCAGAAAUCUGUUUUGAGAUUCAGAUUUUAUCCCAAUGUCAGGAUUUCUGCAGAAGUGUGCAGAUUAAAAAUUGUAUAAAAAACAAAGUUCCUACUAUAUUUGUUAAAAUAUGAUCAUGCUAAGAUCAAGACUUUUAUUGCAGCUUUUUUAGAAGCUUUAACUCACUCUCGGUGUCUGCGGAUUUACUGAUGCUGGAAGCAGCAGAAGACACUGAAAGGCAAAUUAGGAUAGAUCCUCCCAUCUUGAGUUUCAGAGUAAGAUGUUCUUGCAUAAUCAUGAAUGGGACACUUAGGUCAUUACUUAUCUUGAUAUUUCACUUUCAGUCGAAAUGUUUUGUACCUUCCUAUGAUAAGAAAUCAUUGAGAGACCCAAGUGGUUCAUAAUUUUUUCUACAGGGCACCUUUUAAUAUACCUUUUUCUACAGGGUGCUGACACAUUGUGUUUUCUCACUUUGCAUAUGACUAGCUGACAUCCUUCUUGGUAUGAUAAGGUGUUGUAUGACCUCUCCUCUUUCCACUGUUGAUGCAAAUUGUAUAAUAGUUAAAUGAGUAAUGCCAGAUGUUCAUAGUAACACUAUGUUAUUGAUAAUUCUUUUCUUUUGAGGAGUUUUCUGGCAAAGAGGAGUCAAUGAGUACAUGCAUGAAUAUACUGUAUAUGUGUUGGGUGUUCCUGACUUUGCUUCACUUCUUAUGAUUGGUCACUGGAGGUGAUGUCCCAGGUGAUCAAGUUUGGAAAUGUUAAAAAAAAGGAUGUAAAGAAUAUUAAUCAAUUUGAUGGCCUUGUGAUGGAUCUCCAAAUUUGUAUGGUACGUUUUUUAUUUUAUUCGACAACAAUGCAAAUCAGAAUCUCUGAGGAUUUGAAAGCCUUUUUUUGUAUCCUGGACUGGAGAAGUGUCCAACUAAGCACCUUAUCCUGCAGUCCUCAAGUGAGAAAAAAGGUGCCAUUUUGGCUGAGUUUUCGUUGCGGACUGGACUCCUUAUAAUGUACACCCUGCUAAAUCAAUGUACAACUUGCUUGCAGAACUUUCCUGACAGUGAUGGCCUUCAAGUGCCAGCAGACCCCAUCACAUUAGGACUUCUGUGAGUUGUCUGGCUAAGUAAAUUGACCUCCCCUCAAAAAAAUGGUGUAUGAAAAAUAAAAAAAAUAGAAAAAUAAAAACAUUCCACAGUGAAAAGAAAAUAGCACAUCACUGAUAGAUGUCACAAGUUUUCCUCAUGCUUUACUGUCAAUGACUUGGAAAUUUCCUUCAUCUUACUUUGAAUGCAUAUUUUAGUAUUCCAAAAGCUGAGUUGAAUGUUGUUGAUAUUAAUUCUAUUCGAUAUUAAAGUGAUUAUAUAGAUGUAUUGUUAUCAUAUGAUUCUGCAUACUGUUUAAGUUGCAUUUGGUUUGUUGUAGCGCCCUCUUGCUGUACUGUAUUUUGACACUGGGAACUCUGUAGAUCAAAACUCCACUGCUGUCUGUUUAAUAGGUAAGACAUUUUAGUGCAUUAUGUUCUGGUGUAAUGAAAAAUAAUUUGUUUGGAAACAGGGGUGAUAAUACCUUUAGUCACUUUGUGUGUGAAUACGUUUACUUUAUUCUGUGAGUUCUCUUUUCUUUUUUACAUUCAUCAAGAAGCUUUCCAAGUAAGCAAUAAUGGAACAAUUUCUCAUCUUAUAAUUACCCAUAAGAAAAUAGUCCCAUUUAAUUUGCAUAGCAUUGAUUAAAUUUCAUAUGAACAAUUACUGGCAUGCAACAGUUUAUACACCAUUCUCUAAAAUGUAAUAGCUAAUUAGGGAGCACAUUAAGUAUUGAAAGCAAGGGGCCUACAACCUCGACUCUCAGGUCAGGCCUAGCACCAAAGCUAAUGGGACUGCUGUGAUUACGUUUUAAUGUGCACAAGAGUCGACUACAAAAAUGGCCUCCUGGAACAGGCCAAGUCAUAACCAAUUCUCUGCUCACACGAACAGUUCUGUCGCUGUUUAUCAGGCCUAUAGGUUGAUUUUCCAUAGAGUGUGCAGUUCAUUUUGGAAAUGUGUUGUUCCUCAGUAAAUGUUUGGCACAAAAAUAAAGGUCACAAUCACAUUG